AUGGGACGAUACAAAGUAGUAAAAAUGAAGAACCUCCUUAGAGCACACGAGAACAAAGUGUACAUAUCUGACGAGUAUACGGGCGAAUACUGCAUAAUAAAAGGGUAUCCUUUCAAGGCGAGAAUAGAUAGUGAGCUACCUCCCUACAGCAUAUCCCUCUCCCAAGUGCAGAGAGCAUUUGCGCAGCUGAGCGAAAAUGAAUACGUAGAUGUAAUAGAUGGAAUAGGCAGCAGGAUGGGAAUGAUAGAAGAAGUGAGCAUUUCCAUGGAGGGGAAGAUAAAAGGAGCGCACAUAAGAAUAUCCCACAAGACGAUCAUAAGAACAUUUACAGAAGUUCUCAAUGGAAUACCUCUUACAGAAGGACAGGAGCUGAGCCUGCUGAUGGAGCUGGAGCAGGCAUCCGAUGCAUCAGCUGCCAUGAAGGACACUCUCUUCAUAUGCAAGGUAGAGGGCGUAAAAGUGUCAAAUAAAGAAAUAGUGGGGGUGGUGAGCAGAAGCACAAGAGUGGUCAUAAAAGAGCACCAGGGAAUAACAAUCCUUGGGAUGAGCUCAGAGCUCAACAUAAACACACAGUUUGACUUCCAGCAGAUGGAGAUAGGAGGGCUGAAGAAAGAGUUUGGAGAAAUGUUCAGGCGUGCUUUUAUUCAGAGGAUGUACAAGCCGGGGCUGAUUAAGGACAUAGGAAUAAGCCACAUAAAAGGAAUCAUGCUAUUUGGUCCUCCGGGGACAGGAAAAACCCUCAUUGCGCGGAAGAUGUCUUCGCUCCUGAACUCUGCACCGCCUAAAAUCGUGAAUGGACCUGAAAUACUGAACAAAUACGUGGGACAGAGUGAAGAGAACAUAAGAAAGCUAUUUGAAGACGCAGAAAGAGACUACAAGCUGUACGGCGAUGAAAGCGCCCUGCACAUCAUCAUCUUCGACGAGAUAGACGCAAUAUGCAAGAGCAGAGGAUCGUCUAAUGGCGUGGGAGAUCAGGUCGUAAACCAGCUGCUAUCGAAAAUAGAUGGAGUAGAAUCACUCAACAAUAUUCUUGUGAUAGGAAUGACAAACAGACUUGAUUUGAUAGAUGACGCCCUGCUGCGCCCGGGAAGAUUUGAGAUCCACAUUGAAAUAUCUCUGCCAGACGAAAAAGGAAGACUGGAGAUCCUCAAAAUACACACAGGAAGAAUGAACAGAAACUGUUUCAUGAAGAAAGACAUAGAUCUAGAGCUGAUUGCCCACAGAGCCAGAAACUUCACAGGAGCAGAAAUAACGGCACUAGUGAAGAGUGCUGCAUCAUUUGCCCUCGAAAGAGCAAGGAAUGCAAAGUGCGACAUUCUUAUCGAGAUGAACGACUUCAUGCGCGCACUCCAGGAGACCGUUCCCUCGUUCGGUGUCAGCACGGCUCUGCGCAUCCCCGAGCCUUUUUUCCCGUAUCCAUCAGCGCAGAAAGUGCUGGACUUUGGAGAUGAAAUCAUCCGAAGGCUCAGAAAAGAAGACGGAAAAAAAUCAAAAACGCUUUCAAUGCUGCUCACAGGGGGACCAGGCGUGGGAAAGACAGCCCUCGCUGAAAUCAUAGCAAAAAGAUCAGAGAUACCUUUUAUUCGCGUGAUAUCCCCAAAGGACAUUGUGGGAAAAGAAGAAAACGAAAAAGUAAAUUACAUCAGAAAAACAUUCAAAGAUGCGUAUAAGAGCACUGAAGCCCUGGUGGUUCUAGAUGACAUAGAGGGGCUAAUGGAUUAUGUCUCGAUAGGCCCCAGGUUCUCCAAUCCCGUCCUGCAAGCCAUAAAGCUAUUUGCUAAAAAUCAGGACAGAUUUAAGGUGCUUGUGAUAGGCACAGCUGCAGAUAGAAAUCUUAUGGAGGAGUCAGGGAUAUUUGGGUCGUUUGAUGCAUGGCUGGAAGUGUCCAGAGUAUCGCAGGAGGAUGCAGCAUGGCUCUCCCAUCAUACGCCCAUAUCCACCCUUCCUAACAAGACCAUCAGGGAGAUAAUACAGUGA